AUAUAUUUUCCAAGUGCAUAAAGUGAAAGUUGUUUCAAUUUUAGAAAAUUAUAAUACUUUUUUUUUUUGCAAUUUUGCAAAAUUAUUUGCGGUUAAGGCUGAACAUCUGUUCAAAGAUAGACUAAUCUCACAAUUGUGUCUAUGUGUCUCGGAUUGCAUUCUGUUGAAAGUAAAUUUUAGUGACGUGACAAUAUUCAUAAUUUCGAAACACAUUACUUCACUUCAGUGCUUUUCCCAACAAACUCAAUGAUUUUUUUAAAUUUCUAAUUUCAAAUCAAUAAAUAAGUGUUUUUUUUCGCAAGUAUUCGCUUUGAAUUUUUAUUGUCCAUAGAAAAUGAAUCCUCAAUAUAGUCAGCACUUGCCGCCAGCAACUGGAAAUUUUCCACCGCAGCCAAACUUCAAUGGCAAUCAAAUGCCACCAAAUAGUUUGCCUCUGAACAACGUAAUUCCAAAUCAGCAACAUCAACCAAGACAAGACGCGUAUGCAAAUAAAUCAGCAAUGCCUCCGAUGACACAACCACAACCAAUCUUUCCACAGUCUGGAUACGGACCACAAGGCAAUAUGCCACAACCAAAUCGGCCAAGCUAUAAUCAAGCAGCACCAGGAUCAUAUAAUCAAUAUCCAACCGGAAUGGCUGUUCCACCGACAACACAACGACCCAACUCAAUUCAAUCUACAACAAUGUCUGGACCACCCGUGACAAAUGAAAUUGGAGUACCACCAAAUACUUGCGUUGCCACUGAAUCGAAAAUGAAUCCGCAUUACACUCAGCAACAGUCAUCGCCACUGCAGCCAACUGCGAAUCUUCCACCGCAGCCAAACUACAAUGCCAAUCAACUGCCAUCAAAUGUAGCUGGAUUAUCAUUAAACAAUGCACCUUCAAACCACCCGAAUCCACUCACCAAUUUUCCACCACAGCCAAGCUUCAAUGGAAAUCAAAUACCACAAAAUAAUUUGCCGAAUCAAAUGGCUGGUUUGUCGCUGAAUAAUGUAAAUCCAAAUCAACCACCUUUCAGCGUACCAACAUCAGCAGGAUAUCCAAAUAAGCAAAUGAUGCCGCCAAACCUUUCACAGUCUGGUUACGGACCACAAGCCAAUCGGCCAAGUUAUAAUCAACCAGUCCCGGGAUCAUAUAAUCAAUAUCCACCCGGAAUGGCUGCUCCACCACCACAACGUCGUCUUGACCCCGAUCAAAUGCCAAACCCAAUUCAAGUUAUGACGGAAAAUCAACGUUCAAUCACUGGACCAUUCGUGACAAAUGAAAUUGGAGCCGUACCACCAUUGGUUACAACGAAAUUUACUACUCAUGAUCAAGGAAACUCGGGUCCACGUUAUAUACGAUCGACAAUGUACAAUGUACCAGCAACACCUGAUAUGAUUAAACAGACAUCUGUACCAUUUUCAUUGAUUAUUUCACCAUUUGCUGAAACAGCUGCAGGUGAAAUAAAUCCACCAAUCGUUGAUUUCGGUGAACUUGGGCCAAUUCGUUGUGCAAGAUGUAAGGCAUACAUGUCGCCAAAUAUGCAAUUUGUGGAUGCCGGUCGACGUUUCCGUUGCCCAAUGUGUAAAGCCAGCACAGAUGUUCCAUCUGAAUAUUUCCAACAUUUGGACCAUGCUGGCCAACGUGUCGAUAAAUAUGAGCGACCAGAACUCGUUUUGGGAACAUACGAGUUCGUUGCAACAAAAGAGUACUGCCGAGAAAACAAACCAUCGAAGCCGCCAGCAUUCAUUUUCGUGAUCGAUGUAUCUUACAAUAACAUCAAAUCUGGUUUAAUACAUUUAUUGUGCCGUGAAAUGAAAACAAUUUUAAAGAAUCUUCCGAUCGAUCAAGGCCAUGAUCGUUCAAAAAUGAAAGUUGGAUUUAUAACAUACAAUAAUUCAGUUCAUUUUUAUAAUUGCAAAGAGAAUUUAGCUCAGCCACAAAUGAUGGUUGUUGGUGACAUUCAUGAAAUGUUCAUGCCACUUUUGGAUGGUUUCUUUGUCGAUCAUGAAGAAUCGGGUACCGUCAUUGACGCUCUUAUGGAACAGAUUCCAAAAAUGUUUGGCGAAACACGUGAAACCGAAACGAUAUUAAUGCCAGCAAUUCAAGCCGGCUUAGAAGCCAUCAAAGCAUCUGAGUGCUCCGGUAAAUUAUUAGUGUUCCAUUCCUCUUUACCGGUGUCAAAUGCACCAGGUCGCCUUCAAAAUCGUGAAGAUCGUAAAGUUCUCGGAACAGAAAAAGAGAAAGCUAUUUUAAGUCCACAAAAUAAUGCGUAUAACAAUUUGGGACAGGAAUGUGUACUGGCAGGUUGCUCGGUAGACUUAUUCAUUUUUAACAAUUCAUACAUCGACUUAGCUACAAUUGGCCAGGUGGCACGUUUAAGUGGCGGUGAAAUAUACAAAUACACUUAUUUCCAAGCCGAUAUCGAUGGACCAAGGGUUAUUUCCGAUUUGAUCAAAAACAUUUCACGUCCAAUUGCCUUCGAUUCUGUCAUGCGUGUGAGAACGUCAGCUGGUAUUCGACCAACAGAGUUUUAUGGUCAUUUUUUUAUGGGGAACACAACCGAUAUGGAUUUGGCAUCGAUCACAAGUGGCAAAUCAAUCGGCAUUGAAAUAAAACACGACGAUAAACUACCACCAGAUGAUAACGUUUACAUUCAAGUCGCUUUGUUGUUCACAUCAUGUAGUGGUCAACGUCGUAUUCGUAUAUUAAAUUUAGCGUUGAAAACAUGCACACAGAUGGCUGAUUUAUUCCGAUGCUGUGAUUUAGACGCAAUGAUUUUAUACUUUGGCAAACAGAUGAUGACAAAAUUAUUAGAUUCAACUCCUCGUGCUUUACGUGAAUCACUUGAAACAAGAUGUGCCCAAAUAUUGGCCUGUUAUCGAAAGAAUUGUGCAUCACCAACAUCAGCCGGUCAAUUGAUAUUACCGGAAUGUAUGAAAUUGUUGCCGUUGUAUGUGUCUUGUAUUAUGAAAAAUGAUGCAGUAUCAAGUGGUUCGGAUAUGUCUUGUGAUGAUCGCUCAUAUGUCAUGCAAUUCAUACAGAUUAUGGAUCUGCCAAUGUCAGUCUUCUAUUUUUAUCCACGGUUGAUUCCAAUACACGAUAUCAAUACUAAUGAAACAGAAAUUCCAGCACCAAUUCGAUGCACUGCUGAAAAAUUGGCCGAAGACGGUGCAUAUAUUUUGGAGAAUGGCGUUCAUUUAUUCAUUUGGGUAGGUUUGAGUUUGUCACCGGAAUUCACACAAGCUGUAUUUAGUGCGCCAUGUUCACAACAAAUUGAUACAGAUCGACCUGGCCUACCAGUUCUCGAAAAUCCAAUGUCGAAACGAGUACGUGGUAUCAUCGACAGCAUUCAAGUUGAACGUCCACGUUGCAUGAGAGUUACUGUUGUGCGCUCACGAGAUAAGUUGGAAAAUGUAUUGCGCCACUAUUUAAUCGAAGAUCGUUCUGGAAACGGCAUGGCAAGCUAUGUAGACUACUUAUGCCAUCUGCACAAGGAAAUUCGUGCUCUAUUAAGCUAGCUGGAAUUAAGGUUAGUCGUUGAUUCGAAUUCAGCAUACAGACACAGUAUAUCACAACAACGCAUGAUAAAUAACCGCUAUCGCAGAAUAUUGAUUGGCAGAUAGCUCAAAUAAAUUUUAAUUUAAAUAAAUAACAUUUGUAUACAUCUGUUUUAAAAAUUAAAA